AUAUCCCAGACUUUUAACUACUCACGGCGUUCCCCAGAAAUUUUAUGGUCAGCAAUCAGCAUGAUCUAAAGCUUGAGUUAGGCACCCUAGUGAAUACUUUUUCGUUUUUUUGAAAAUGUUUGGCUAGGGUCAAAAGAAUAGAACAUUGAAAGAAAAUCUCUAGUUUUAAACAACUUAAAAACAUUUAUAUUUCAGGCAGAUUAUUAUUGUAAAAUAAUUCAGAUAAACUUCAUAAAUGCAUUUACCUGAGGUCCUUUUUUUCUUUAUUGCUUGGUGAGGUUAAAGAGAAAAAUAACCAUACAUGCUUAUUAUUAUUUUUAUUUUUUUUGAAAAUUAAGAUGUCUAAAUUUUAAUGCAUAUUUUUAUUUUUUUCUAGAUUUUCUGAAUCUGAAUACCUUAACGUUGUGCCAAAAGGAACUCUGUGUGUUUCUGGCUUCAGAGGUAAUCAAUCAUAAUCGCAGCAAAUAAACCCAGUUUACUACUUCCAAAAUUGCAACGACCCAAAUCUCCAGUGGUGAGAGCUAUACAGAAUGGAGAUGAGUAGAGAAACCAAAAAUCCAAAAACUCAAGAAAUCAGGUAAAGUAUCUGUCCUCAAGCAAUAAUGGAUUAUUCAUAUCAGCAAAACCGAUACCCUUACCAUUCCUCACAACCCUAUAACCCAUCUCAUCUUCAAACCUAUGAUCGUCAAUCCAAUUACUCCAAUUAUCAAUACCAACAGAACCAACCACCACCACCGCAGUAUCAACAACCCCAACAGCAAUAUUCAUCGUAUUACACUCCUAAUUAUUCAAAUACAUAUCAUCCACAACAAUACCCUCAAACCCAUCAACAAUGGCGUCAUCAAGCACCGAUUCAUCCACAACAAUACCCACAAACCCAUCAACAAUGGCGUCAUCAAGCACCGAUUCGUCCACCGGGAGUUUCAAGUCAACCCUCUUCGGCAUCACAUGGGCAAGUACAUGCUCAGUUACCGUAUCAGCAGAAUUUGCCCCAAAGGACAGAUGGGGUCGUGCUAGGGCUGAACCCGGCGGCAGUUCUGGCUGUGGCAGCGUUGGCACAGCUCAAUCAGCAUGCGGGCUUGCACGGGCAAAGUUGGUAUCCCCACGCGGAAGGGUCAGGACCCGUGAUUGGCGGGCCGGGUCCGGGAUUGGGAGCCGGUGCACGUCCUAGUCUUUGCCCGGGCCCAUCUCGAUUGCUUUCGCACGCUGGUCGAUCGUUGGAUAAGGGUGGUACAAGGGGUGGUGUUCAGCACAAAAGUGGUGGUAGGGGUAAAUCUAGCAAUAUUGCUGGAGUUGCUAGGUGUGAAUUGUGCAAAAUUGAUUGUGGUAAGAUGAGCAGCCUUAAGCUGCACGAGAUUGGUAAGCGGCACAGAAAGAACUUGAAAAAAUUGGAAGCAGAAAACAGAACUGUUAGUGAUAUCCAGAAUGUACAGAAACCUUCUGGUGAUUUAAAACCAGGAACAGACAUGAAGCCUGAUGGUCAGCACAAAAGUGGUGGUGGGGGUAAAUUUAGCAAUAUUGCUGGAGUUGCUAGGUGUGAAUUGUGCAAGGUUGAUUUUGGUAAGGUGAGCAGCCUUAAGCAGCACGUGAGUAGCAAGCGGCACAGAAAGAACUUGAAAAAAUUGGAAGCAGAAAACAGAACUGUCAGUGAUAUCCAGAAUGUACAGAAACCUUCUGGUGAUAUAAAACCAGAAACGAACAUGAAGCCUGAUGAUUUGCCUAAGGAAGAAGAGACUAAGCAGAAGCCGCCAGAAAAUAUUCCUUUAGACACCGUACCGUCCGAAAUUAAAUUAGGAACUGAACUUAAAAUCAGUGAUGCACAAUGCGAUGUAGUUCAAACGCGUGGUUUGAAACGCAAGAUGCUAGGUGGUGGAGGGCAGGAAAAGAAAAUUUCCAAAGCAAAGAGGCGGCUGAUUGUGAUUCCUUUGAUGUGUGACCUGUGCAAUGUGAAAUUUGAUACACGAGAGAAUCUUAGAAGUCAUCUUUUGGGUAGAAAGCACAAGUCAAAGCUCAAGUGCUUUGAAGGACGACUUGGACUUCAAGCACUUUAUCCCCCUAAUCCUAUCACACAAACCGCAUACCAUUGGCAGGGUGUUCAACAAAUUUUUAAUGGUACACAAGUUUCAGAUCCCAUUGCUGGUGCUUCUGUUCUUCCUCAGACUCACAAUGUCACACCUUCUGCAACAGGUGUAACUUCUGAUUCUCAGCAAAAUCCCAACCCUUGAGCGGACAAAUUUUGGUUCCUGAAUUUUGACCACAAGAAUGUUUUUUUUUUAAAAAAAAAAAAUCUCUGCAGGAGUCAGCAUCAUUUGAUAUGGAAGCAAGGCAACUAUUAUACUGCAGAGAAGUUAUACUUCAUCUGUGAACGUGGGUAAGCACUACUUCAUUUAUGUAAAGGCAGGUCGGCGGCAGGUGAUGUCCAUUUGCAGUUGAUUUUGUUGGCUACCUCCAUCAAGGAGCCAGCUCUGAUCAGGUGGUGAAAGUGUUGUUUAGAACAUGUAUAGCUCAGUGCUGGCAACUGAGGAUCUCCCCCUUCCCUUGCUCCCCCUUUCAUUCACUGGGGAGUAGUUGACCAAAAGGGCUCUGUUAAGGGCUUAAGGCACAUUUUACUGCAUAGUAACUUCUGGGUUUCUAGUUAAAAGGAAAUUGCUCUUUUGGUAUCUUUGCUGUCAAUAGGGAUUUAUAACCCAAACAAACAUGGAGUGGGUUUCCAAAGCAAUUGGUAAACAUUAAGCUCAAAAUUUCCAAGUCGACU